CUUGUCACACCUGAAGAGAGUCAGAGGUCAGAGGUCAGAGCAGCGCUGUAACACACAUCUGCAUCCUGUCUGUCUGUCUGCACCUGUCUCUCUCUCUCUCUCCGUCUCACACACAUUCACGCAGCGUCCAGAAAAACAUCAUUGUUUGACUUCAGCUUAUCUCUGCUCUCCCAAAUAUCCUGUUUCUUCGAGCUGCGGCGUCCAGAACCAAUAGAAAGCUCUUCCUGCUCAGGCUGACUUCACUUCCAGCUUUAGCACAAUCUCAUCCGCUCCAAACAGCGUUCGGCAGAACCGCAGCGUACACACGCCGCCGUAAACACACACACACGCCCGAGCCGAAGACGGGCUCGUCCUGCUCCGCCAUGGCCAGCACCAUCAAGGAGGCGCUGUCGGUGGUGAGUGAGGAUCAGUCUUUAUUCGAGUGUUCGUACGGAGCGUCUCAUUCUAAAGCGGACAUGACGGCCUCCGCCGCCGGUGAAUACGGCCAGAGCAAACUCAGUCCCAGAGUGCAUCAGCAGGACUGGCUGGCUCCGCCCCACGGACGCGUCACCGUCAAGAUGGAGUGUGGCGCGCAGGUGAACGGGUCCAGAAAUUCUCCUGAUGACUGUCCAGUGGCCAAAGGUAAAAUCUCUCCAUCUGCGAAUGUUCCAGUGAUGUACAGCAACUACAUGGAGGACAAACACAUGCCGCCGCCCAACAUGAUCACCAAUGAACGCAGAGUGAUCGUACCUGCAGAUCCCAGUCUGUGGUCGGCGGAUCACGUGCGUCAGUGGCUGGAAUGGGCCGUGAAGGAGUACGGGCUGCCCGAGGUGGAUGUGUCUCUGUUCCACAGCAUCGAUGGGAAGGAGCUCUGCAAGAUGACCAAAGAUGACGUCCAGCGUCUGACCAGCAGCUACACGGCCGACAUCCUGCUGUCGCACCUGCACUACCUCAGAGAGACUCCACUUCCUCAUUUGACUUCAGAUGAUGUUGACAAAGCCUUGCAAAACUCCCCGCGGUUAAUGCAUGCUCGCAAUACAGGAGGAGCGAGUUUUAUCUUCCCAAACGCCCCCGUUUACCCUCCAGACGCCAGCAGAGGAGCCAGCAGAGCAGAUGUGAGUUACGAUGCGGUCAGACGCUCUGGAUGGACUCAGCCCGUAUCUGCAGCUAAAGUUUCUCAGAGUUCUGCUGCCAUCCUGACCAAAGCUGAAGAGCAGAGAGCUCAGUUAGAUCCGUAUCAGAUUUUAGGGCCGACGAGCAGCAGGCUGGCGAAUCCAGGCUCUGGUCAGAUCCAGCUGUGGCAGUUCCUCCUGGAGCUUCUGUCCGACAGCUCCAACUCGUCCUGCAUCACGUGGGAAGGAACCAACGGCGAGUUCAAGAUGACCGACCCAGACGAGGUGGCGCGGCGCUGGGGUGAGAGGAAGAGCAAACCCAACAUGAACUACGACAAGCUGAGUCGAGCCCUGCGCUACUACUACGACAAGAACAUCAUGACCAAAGUUCACGGCAAACGCUACGCGUACAAGUUCGACUUCCACGGGAUCGCGCAGGCCCUUCAGCCGCACCCGCCCGACUCGUCCAUGUACAAGUACCCGGCGGAUCUGUCCUACAUGAGCUCGUACCACCCGCACCCGCAGAAGAUGAACUUCGUGUCGCCGCAUCCUCAGGCCAUGAACGUCACCUCGUCCGGCUUCUUCGGCGGCCCGAGUCCGUACUGGAACGCACCGGCGACGGGAAUCUACCCCGGGCCACGACACCCCGCCACACACAUGCCCUCCUACUACUAGACAUCUCAAGACAAACUGGAGAAACCCAAGCAUCCGCCGCCACUGCCGGAGGAAGGCUCUCGCCGUAUUUAAAGCAGGAGAAACCGUCUGUGAUCCGGGAGCCGCGUGGAUUCAGCAACGGGAAUGUGAAAGUGGCAAUAUAAGGGGGCUGCUGUUAAUGACCCCGCUGCAUGAUCAAGUACUUAUUCGUCUAUAUGUUCAUGUGUACCUUAUUGUACAAACACACAUAUCAGAGAGAGUUGAGAGAGAUAGAGAGAGAGAGAGCGACAGAACGUGAGACAGGUCAGAGGAAGACAGACAGAUGCGUGAGGUAUGUGAGAAGAUGGAGAUUAAUCUCUUGCCAUAUUUAUCAGUAUUAUGUUGUCCGUAUGGCAUCAGAGAUCGAUAUUUGCCUUGAAAAUGGUGAAAACUGGAAUUUAAAGCUUUCAGAUGUUUUUAACGACCUCAAACCUUUAAAGACCGAGGUGCAUUUAUAUGAACCCGUGCCUUACUGCGGACGCUUGUUUCAGCCACGGAAUAACUAAAUAAGAAAAAGUGAUUUUAGUUCCUUUUUUAUUCCGUGGCAGAAACAAGCUUCCAGACCUUACAGAGAGAUUCAGCUGAAGAGAUUCACCAAAGAUACCAGUAUUUGUAUUAUUAAUUUUUAUGAUGACGUUCUGAUUCGCAAACGCUGUGCGUUUGUUAGAUUGAAGUAUACAAUUCAGUGUUAUAAUUCUUUUUAUAUAAUAGAUAUAUAACUUAUGCAUUUAUACACUACGAGUUGAUCUCAGCCAGCCAAACACAGACAUUUUAUCACAGACGUAGAGAAACAGACCAAAGCGGCGAAACGCUCCAGCAGUUUGAAUGAUUCUCUGUAUUAUCAGUUGUUUACAGUGAACGCACACGUGUGUUCGUAUGACGCUGGACUGGCGCAGCACAUGGGCUCUGACCCACUGAACCCAGAUCAGAUCGGUCAGAGACGCCCUGAUGCUCUGAGAUUGUUGACAAAGGGAAGAAAACAUAUACUUGGAUAAAUUAUAUGGUUUUCUACUGAAUCAUUUUAAUAAAUAUUUUUAACAAUGUC